CCGAGCUCGGCGCGCGUCCGAUCCGAGACAUUCAUAUCUCGCGUUGUUUGUUCGUUGGUAGUUGGCGUUGCAGGAGAAGAAGGAAAUUUGGAUUUGCAUUUGCAUUUGCGUUUUCCGCGCGGAGUGUUUUUAAGGGAUUUUAAUUCUGUUAGAGUUCUUCGGGUAGACUCUUAAAGUGUUUGUUGUUUUUUUUUUGUUUCUUCGUCGCGUACUUAAUUGUAUGGUGAUUUAUUCGGAAGAUUAAACGGAUUUUGUGCGGAGUGCCGAAAGCGGCGCGUCGAAGAUUAGGUAUUUUUUUGGAAAAAAAAAGAAGAAAAUGUUUGUUUUACCUAAUGAUUUAAUCGGUUUUGUGUGAUUAAAAUCGGAUUACUCGCAAGCGGAUUGUUCUCAAAAAAUACCAUGGAUACUAAUUUGUACACAAUCAUUCCUAUCGUGCUCCUGCUGGCGAGCGCCGUGCACGCCCAGCAACAAUACUUUCGGGUGCUGCCCAGAGACUUGAAGGUGCAAGAAGGCGGAGAGGCCCUCUUGGAAUGCGAAGUCGCCAAUUUGGCCGGGCAGGUGCAAUGGACCAAGGACGGCUUUGCACUCGGUUUCUCGUCGACGAUUCCCGGCUUCCCUCGUUACUCCGUGCUAGGAGACAGAAGACACGGCGUUUACAAUCUGAAAGUGAGCAACGCCUCCCUCGAGGACGACGCCGAGUACCAGUGUCAGGUGGGUCCGGCCAGACUCCAGAAAGCCAUCCGGGCCAACGCCAGACUCAACGUCAUUUCGCCGCCAUCUUCCGUGGAGAUUUUAGACCACACGCACAACUCCAAAAUCGAAAUCAAAGAACGACAAGAAUUCAAUCUGGAAUGCAGAGUCAAACACGCCAAACCUGCCGCCAAAAUCGUAUGGUACAGAGGCAAUGUUGAAAUCAAUAUACCAAACCGAGAAGACCAAACGAUCGAAGUACCGGGCAAAAACGGCGACAAGCGCGUAACCCGCUACGACACCCACUCGAGAAUCACCCUCAAACCCACAGCGGAAGACGAUUUCGCCGAGUACACUUGCGAAGCUCGCCACGAAGCCCUCUCCCAAGACGUACCGAUGAGAUCCACCGUGCAACUCAGCGUACUCUACCCGCCAGCUCUGCCGUACAUCGAAGGGUACGUGGAGGGCGAGACGAUCAGACGAGGCCAGACGGUGGAGUUGGUGUGCAGGUGCCGGGGCGGCAACCCGCCCGCCCAGCUGAUUUGGUACAAAAACGGCGAGCAAAUCCGGAUGGCCUACCGAACGGCCGGCCGGCUCUCCGAAAACGUCUACACCUUCACAGCGGACGCCAGCGACAAUAAAGCCAAAUACAAAUGCGAGGCCACCAACGUCAUGUCGAAGACUCCGCUGAAAGCCGAAGUCGAGCUGCGAGUGUUGUUUUCUCCGGCUCACGUGACGAUCUCCGGGCCGACUGAAGCCCGAGUGGGGGAUCCGGUGCCGUUGACGUGCACCACUGCAAAUUCGAAUCCUCCGGCGGAGAUCAAGUGGAUGGUAGCGGGGCGGCAGGUUCGCAACGCCACCUCGCGCACCGUCGUAUCGCCUGAAGGCGGUUGGAUAACCACAUCGAACAUCACCGCUGUGGUGGAGCCCAAUCGAAGAAGCCUCGUGGUUAUUUGUCAUGGGGUUAACAUGCAGCUGACUGAGAACGUUGUUUCCACGCAUACCAUCAACGUUUUAUAUCCUCCGAGUCAGCCGUUCAUCCACGGUUUUACGGAAGGUUCCCACAUCCCAUCGGGAACCCUCCAAAAGAUCUCUUGCACAUCAUCCGGAGGCAACCCACUGGCCGCCAUCACUUGGUACAAAAACGACAAGAAAAUCCACUCGAUAGUCAGAACGACCGAUAAAUCUGUAACAGCAGAAAUCACGAUACUAACCAACGUAACCGACAACGAAGCUCGGUACAGAUGCGAAGCCGCCAAUUCCGCCACGGAAAUCCCCCUAUUCGAAACCAUCACGAUGAGCGUCUACUUUCCCCCCGACCACGUCAAGAUCCACCAGGAGCCGGAGGAGCUGACGCCCGGCGAGGAGGCGACGCUCAUCUGCGAUUCCAGCUCGAGCAACCCGCCGGCGAAGCUGUCGUGGUGGCGCGAGGGCAUCCCGGUGCAGGGCCUCAACAACAGCACCAAGCCCGGCCUCCACGGCGGCGCCAUCUCCACCAUCGAAAUGAAAAUCAACGUCACCGAGCAGAUGAACGGUUUAGUCUACACGUGCCAGGCCAGCAACGAGAUACUCCAGCGGUCCGUGCACGACGCCAUCACCCUUCAAGUUUUAUACAAGCCGGUGUUCGAUUCCACCAACGAAGAGAGCAUCACUGGUAUUGAAAACGAGCCGUUGUUGAUCAAUUUGAAGGCGGACGGGAACCCGCAGAACAUCGCGUAUACUUGGACCAAAGAUGGUUUGCCAAUUACACAAUUAUCAUCUUCCAAUGGUAUCGAGCGCAUCGUUUCCGACGGAUCCGUGUUGAACAUCACGAAAUUGAGCAGAAACGACGCGGGAAGUUACACCUGCGAGGCGGUCAAUUCCCAAGGCAGCGCAAUAGCCGUAGUUAAUGUCACUGUGCAAUAUCCAGCUUCGAUAGUACAAACCAGCGGCACUGUGAUAGUGAAUCCGAAGGAGGACGCGACUUUGUCUUGCACCGCCGAUGGGAAUCCGCUGGCCGACGAUACCAUAACGUGGAAGAGGGACGAUUUUCCGGAAUUCGCGGCCCGUACGUCGGUCAUGUACGACAAAAACGGCACCUCUUACCUUCGAAUCUCCGGCGUGACCAGAGAGGACUUGGGCAAUUUCGUUUGCCUGUCGAACAACGGCGUGGGCAACUCCUCGUCGAGAGAGGUCAUGCUUAUAGUCAAACAUAAACCAGAAAUCGACGCCCGUCCUCAGUUCAUGAAAUUCGCCAGCGACGCCGGCGAUACGGGAAAAUUGACCUGCAGAAGCCAAGGAUCUCCAUUGGCUAGGUACACCUGGGCCAGGAACGGUUCACCCAUCAUUUCCAACACCACCGGAAAAUACUACACCACCUAUCAACAAAUCGACCAGCUGGUAUCCGAAUCCACCUUGUACAUAACGCACAUCACCUCGUCGGAUUACGGCAACUACGAGUGCGUGGCCAGGAACGAGCUGGGCUUCGCGACCAAGUCCCCUCGGCUGGAGGUCACCUCGGCGCCCGAUACGCCCACUCUCCUCACGGUGCUCAACGUCACCCACGACUCGGCGACGCUGGGCUGGACGCCGGGCUUCGACGGCGGCAUGAAGGCCUCCUUCCGCAUCCGCUACAGGAAAAUCGACGACGAGGGCUACAAGUACGAGGACGUCGUCGGCGGCAACGUCACCGCGUACACGGUGAAGGACUUGGAGGUGAACACGCAGUACGUGUUUUCCAUUAUGGCGGCCAAUAAGCUGGGCAACAGCAAGUUCAUGCCGGAUUUGUUGUCUGCUAAGACGUCGGCAUUCGUCGAAGACGCCGUCGAGAAAAUCGUGCCCGAGGACUUGCUCGAAAAACAGGAUCUGCCCCGCAUCGUGAUCAUUAGCGUAUCGGUGAUAGGAGUUAUACUUUUGUUUAUAAAUAUCGUUUUAGUGACGGGAUGCAUGUUGAAAAGGAGGGCUAAACGUAUUAGAGAUCAAAAUAACCAAACCAGCAAAUCGGCGACGAUAGAAAUGUACGCUCCCAGCAGCUACAACGACACGGUAACAGGAGAAACCCUCUCUUCCGUUAGCGAAAAAAGCGAAACCUACAGCAACGAAGAAGGAAACAACGAAUACAUGGACGACAGCCGCAAACCCACCAGCAAUUCCUAUCUGAUCGAACACCAGCCCGACUACCCAGGUGCGUAUCAAGCGUACGAAAUGCAAAUGCCCGGCCAGACGGGCGUCAGCAUGGCCCACAAGACCCACACCUUGCCCCAUCCCCAUCACCAUCACCACCACCUCGCCCACGACCAGAGGCCGAGGGCCAGAGAUGACCAGAGUCUCGGCUACCACGGCGGCAUGUCAGGAAAAUCGUCGUACGUGAGCGCGCCGUCGCCGGCGCCGCCCGCCGACGGUUCGUACUACAACAUGUCGGACCGGUACCUGUCGUACCCGCCGCCGUUGGACUUCCAGACGCCGCCGCCGGUGCCGAUGCACCCGCACCUGACGCACGCGCACGUGCCGAUGACGCCGCCGCUGCCGGCGAACGGGUCGCUGGCGCGGCUCGGGCGCGGCGUCCCGCCGCCGGACGUGCUGCACAACACGAGCCAGACCAAUCAGAUCCUGCAGGCGCAGAACCUGGCGCAGAAGCGCGAGCUGACGAGCUUCGGCAACGGGUACGGGGUGAACGAGCAGGAGGGGCAUCUCGUGUGAGACGAGGCGGAGGUUUUGUACGUUUUGUAAGGCGUCGGUGGACUUUGUACAUAAUGCUAGACUGUUGUUGUUUUUGUUUCGUUUACUUUUCGUCGACUAAUACUCAAUAAUACAUGUGAUUUUGGAAAUUUAUAUCAUUGCAAUAGUGUGUAGAAAGUUGCCGCGGGACGAGCUCGAAUUACUCGAGUAAUUUGCGUUCGUCUUGGGAUGUGUUAAGUGCGUCGGAAAAUUCGAUUAUUUGGAUUACUGAUGAAUAAAAUUGAUCUCAACGUUCGAGCCAAUUUCCGAUGCACGUUUCGACUUGUACAAUGACUUUUCAGGGUCGAAUUUUUCUCGAAGGAAAAUAGACUGAUUAUCGUAGUUGAUAGUAAAAUCGUACGUCAUUAUUUUAAUCGAUCGAUAGCUGAAGUUACUCAAUCAAAAAAUUAACGACUAAUAACAAUAACGAUAUAUCAAAAUGUACGAUAGAGCAAAACGCCAAAAAAAUUGUUGAUUUAAUGAUUAUGUGAUUCGUUUUGCUCCAAAUUGAUUUCCUUCAAUGUAGCUACAUAAUUAUAAUCGAUUUUAACGCGAGAAGUUUUAAUUGAGACGUUGAGUUGUUUGUUCUUUUGGGUGGCAAAUUAGGGGAAUCCUUGCAUGUGCUAUGAAAACCUGUAAGUUGCUGUGAUAUUUGUUUUUUUGGUACUCGAAAUUUUCUACAAUUACUUAGUUGCCAAUUUAAACCUAAACUUAAUGAAAUAAGUCAAUAGAAGCCCGUUUUCGAGUAAAACAAAAUGGAAGUUUCUCCGUAAUCUCCAUUACAGGAACGCAUUAAUAACUCUUAUUGAAGUUUCGUUUAGAAUAAUGUACAGUUAUUUGCGUAUAUUUUACGCGCAAGUUGUAAAUAGUUUUAUUUUUUUAACAAAAAAAAAAUAAUAUAAUUUACUAGUCCAAGUGAU